AUGUCCAAACCCGUCUUCUCGCAUGUCAUCGUCUACUUUGAGCAAGCUGACCAGUUCCCUGGUGACUCGCUUCAAGAGGAGGAAAUUCCAGAUUAUCUCGCUUCACGUUUUUACCCUGUUCAUUUGGGACAAGUCUUCCAAGACCGCUAUCAGGCUGUAACCAAGCUUGGUUUCGGAAGCUCAUCAACCAUAUGGCUGGCUCGCGAUCUCAGAGAACACAAAUAUGUCGCUCUAAAAAUCUACGUCCACACUUCUCGCGUUCAUCGCGAACUUCCCAUAUAUGAGGCCAUGUCUCCAAUCUUCGAAAAGACGAAGAACCCUGGACGGAACAAUAUCAGACGCCUUCUAGGCUCGUUCGAAAUUAAUGGCCCGGACGGACGUCAUGUGGUGCUUGUAAUGCAACCUGCACAGAUGAGCCUUCGGAACUUCAAGUCUGUAUUUAGAAAAGAUGGUGGAUUUGACGAGGCCUUUGUGCAAGGUGCCGUCCAGGAGCUACUUAAAGCUCUUGACUUCAUUCAUAACGAGGCGAAGUUCGUACAUACAGACAUCCAUCCAGGCAAUCUUCUUCUGGGUCUGGAUGAUGAUUCGCAGCUUCAAUCUCUAGUAGAUUCAGAGUUCAAGUCGCCUGUUACCCGAAAACAGAUUUCAAAAGACCGAACCAUUUAUCUUUCCCGUUUCAUGCGACCAAAGCCAGGCCCAAUGCUUCUGUCGGACUUGGGUGAAGCAAGAACAGGCCCAGGACCUCACGCAGGCGACAUCAUGCCUAUUCAGUACCGAGCACCCGAGACCAUCAUGUGCAUCGCCUGGAGCUACCCAGUGGACGUAUGGAGUGUCGGGCUGACAGCAUGGGAUCUUCUCGGCCCCAAACGCUUGUUCACUGCAAAAGACAGCGACGGAGAUAUGUAUGAUGCAGCGCAUCUAGCUGAAUUGAUAGCAACGCUUGGUCCCCCGCCCCUGGAGUUUCUGCGAAGGAACCCUGAGAGGACAGCUGACUUUUGGGAUGAGAAAGGGAACUGGAUAGAGUUAGCCCCAAUACCCGCCAAUCGAUCCCUGGAGGAUUUGGAGACAAGACUUGAGGACAGUAGCGGCAUUAUUGCAUUCUUACGGCGUGUUCUCACGUGGAUACCUGAGGACCGACCAACAGCGAAGGAAUUGCUACAAGAUCCGUGGCUGCAAUGA